UCGUUCGACCCGACGAUGAACAAACCCGCGCAUCUGAGAGGCAAAAACGUUCAUUUCCUCCCGCUGGGUCUGGGAGGCAGCGCUCGCAACGUCACCUUUGAUGGAAGCCACUUCCAGGUUUUUCCAUAUAAAAAUAUUUUAGACAGAAUCGAAAAGACCGAUCGAGUUAUCGACUACCUGAAGAUGGACAUUGAAGGCUUCGAGCUGGAAUUCCUCGACAACGUCUUGAACGACGACGUCGAACUGCUCUCUAACAUCAAGCAGAUUGGCAUGGAGGUCCACCCAGACCGACGGGCGUCCCGAAGAGACAGGCUGUGGCGCCAUAUGCACCGGCUGCGCGAGCUGCAGUUUUCGCUGGUCUCGAGUGAACCAAAUUUGCUGGCCCUCAACAAGUUUUAUUAUGGAGAGAAAGAAGCGUCAUGUUGCUACGAGGUCCUCUGGAUUAACAAUAAAUUUAAAACUAAAUAAUAUCGUGUAAUAGGAUUCUAAUCAUAUCAUAUGUUAUAUCAAUAGGAUUCUAAUCAUAUCAUAUGUGUAAUAGGAUUCUAAUCAUAUGUUAGGUAAGUCAAUAAUAUUAAUUCCCGUGUUUGGCCCUUAAUUAUUUUCCCGACGCAGUACGAGAAGCUAAAGGGUACGGCGAAAAAACUCUAAAGCGACAGUAGAAAUUAAUCCCUUUCAUAUUCAACUUGCUACAUCAAGAGAGAUGAUAAUUGUAUGAUAUUAACUUUCUUGCAGGUCAUUAACAUUUGAUUGAUGCAACUCAGAAAAAUUUAGGAAUUUAUAAUGAUCUGGAAACAGUCGUCAGGAAAUUCCUAGAGUAAAACUGUAAAUAUUGCUUGUUAUUCAAUUAGGUCCUCAAUAUUUGAAACAUAUUUAUAAGGGAGCUUCCCAUGCAUUUGAAAACUUUAUAUUUAGAAGUUGAAACCUCUCGAUAUUGUAAUAUACACAAGUGUAAUUCGGCCAUCGCCAUAAUUACACUGCACAAAUAUCCGUGUGGCAUCUCUUCGAACAAACUAUAUUUCAAUUAAAUUUCAUAGCCUGGACAUAUACAACGUAGAGCGAAACGCAUCGUAUAUUUUAGAUUCGGAUUCUAUCGAAAAAUUCUAGAGCCCACCAAUUUUAAGAAAGUAGGCAUGGGUAGGCAAGCACCUAUCAAAAUAGAAUUAAAGGGAAGUAUUGAACAAAAGCGACAUACUUUUAAUGUACUCUGGGAUGAAGGGAUCUGCUUAUGUAUAUAUGAAGGGUAACUAAAAAAAAACAUAAAAUAUUACAACCUAUUUAUUGAUUCAGAAUAUUUUUAAUCAAAUUUGACCAUAAAUUGAAGUUACAUAUUGUGACUUUCAUCAAAAGCCAAAAAAGUAUAACUCAAUUUGCCAGUAACGUGUACAGAAGUAUAUGCGGAGCGAUAAACAAUAUAUUUUCCCUCCUCCUUCGACAUU